AUGAAAUUAGUUAGAACAUUUCCAGAUCAGAAUAUUGGAAUUUCUUUAAGUAAAGAUAGCAACUUCAUUGCAGCUAGCAAUUACUAUGGGCCAAUACAAUGCUUUGAUAUUCAGAAGAAUUGUAAAAUUGGUGCUAUAGAAGAAAAAGAAGAUUUGAUUAGAAUUAAUUAAUUAUGGGGUUUUCCCAUAAAAAGCUCUUUGCCAUGAAUUGGACACGGAGUUGCUUUUUGUCAGACCAAAAUUGAUCAAAAAUUUUAAUUUGGUCGGACCAAAAAAAGCAGCCCUGUGGCAAAAUUCAUGGUCAAAUGAGGCUUUCAUGGGAAAAAACCCAUAAUUUAGCGGUUCUUUGGUUUAUUUCAGCCAUAACUUUUUCAAGAAUUAGAUCAUGAUCAUGUGGUACUAGGGACUAAUUACAACUAACACCCUGUAGACGUCUCCAAAAUUUGGUGAGGUAUGACAGUCUGCAGGGGAGAAUCACCUGCUCAGGUCUUGAGCUUUGGCGAACGAUUUAAGAAUGCUACCGUCAGCAGGGCUUACAAAUUGCUGAAACCCCAAAAUCUCCUUCUUGACCUACUUUAGCCCUAUUUUAGACUAAAGAUUGCCUCCCAAAAAGUAUGGAAGGAUGCUGAGCCUCAGUCUGCAAUUUUUAGGACGAGAAAAAGGUUAGCACCAAAAAAAACCUACCCCAGAGAAUUAUCCACCUUUCACAAGCCUAGAUCAAUUUGCAGAUACAGGGGACUUAACUCCGCUCAUCAUUUUAAUAAUUUUUUAAAAAGAAGAAAGAGAUUAAUUAGAGAGGAUUAAAACUGGGUUUAUUUCAGCCCUUUCCAUUAUAUCUUCAGCUUCACCCUCAUGUAGCGCUAAGCGCUAAGACACCCUCUUCCUAACCAAAAAUUGUGAUGGCAUUAGUCUAAUGGGGAGACUCACCCAAAACCUGCUUAGACCAAAAUUGCAUCAUAGAACUCUCUCAACGCCUGGUAGCGCUCAGCGUAUCUCGAAGCAUCCAACUUCUCCUUCCAGAAUCAACUCUGCCAUUAAAAAGCCGCAUAGUGCUCCUCCAGAAGUGUCAGGUUGGUGUUGUACCAUCGAUCCUCUUGUCUAUAAGUCAAAAGGAUGCCUAGUCAGCCCAAGCCUGCACUCUACCUCAGAAAAAUUGCCAUGACCUUUAAACCGUCCUAAUUUUGGCUUUUUUCCUCUCUCUGCUAGCCAUCAUAUGGCCACGAUGGCAAAAUUACUUGAAAAAGAAGAAGAUUAUGAAAAUAUAGAGGGACAAGGCGAAGAUAAUGAGUAUAAAAAUACCAUUGAAUUUUUGUAA